GGCCGCUCUGGCGUGCUGUCUGUCGGCAGUAGUUAAGCUCGGACUGCGGACAGAAAGAAGGUAAAACCAGGCAGUCGGAUGAGAUAGUAGCACCAUGGCUGAGGGUGGUGAAGGAGAAGAGGAGAUCCUUUUCCUUCGAACAGAUGAUGAAGUGGUUCUUCAGUGCACUACAACCAUUGUCAAAGCACAGAUUAAGCUCUGCCUUUCUGCUGAAGGAUUUGGAAAUCGGCUUUGUUUCCUUGAAGCUACAUCAAAUGCAAAGAAUGUUCCUCCAGACCUUGCAAUUUGCAGCUUUGUGCUGGAGCAGUCACUCUCUGUGCGAGCUCUGCAAGAGAUGUUGGCCAACACAGUUGAAAAGGGCAAUGAGCCUCUUGAUCUGGACAAAUGGUCUUCUCAGGGAGGAGGCCAUCGAACCCUUUUGUACGGUCAUGCUAUUCUACUGCGCCAUUCCCACAGUGGCAUGUAUUUAUGUUGUUUGACCACCUCAAGGUCUUUGACAGACAAAUUAUCCUUUGAUGUUGGGCUUCAAGAAGAUGCUUCAGGAGAAGCUUGCUGGUGGACCAUUCAUCCAGCCUCCAAACAGAGAUCUGAGGGUGAGAAAGUACGUGUUGGUGAUGAUCUCAUCCUCGUUAGUGUUUCUUCUGAAAGAUACCUGCAUUUAUCUUAUGCCAGUGGCGAUUUACAAGUGGAUGCCUCCUUUAUGCAGACUCUUUGGAAUAUGAACCCUAUCUGCUCAGGCUGUGAGCUAGCUGAAGGAUACUUGACUGGUGGGCAUGUACUGCGCCUCUUUCAUGGUCACAUGGAUGAAUGUCUCACAGUAGCAGCAUUUGAUCAAGGGGAAGAUCAGCGCAGGUUAGUUCACUAUGAAGGUGGUGCUGUGUGCAGCCAUGCAAGAUCCUUGUGGCGGUUGGAACCAUUGCGCAUCAGCUGGAGUGGUGGCCAUAUGAAAUGGGGUCAGCCUUUCCGCAUUCGGCAUGUUACAACAGGCAAAUACUUGGGCCUGGAUGAGGAGAAAGGGCUUCUCCUUUUUGAUCAAGAUAAAUCAAACACCAAAAUCACCUCAUUUUGCUUUCGUAUAUCAAAGGAUAAAAUUGAUGUUGCUCAUAAAAGAGAUGUAGAAGGCAUGGGAAUCCCUGAGAUCAAAUAUGGUGAGUCAAUGUGCUUCGUCCAACAUGUGAACAGUGGACUUUGGUUGACUUAUGCUGCGGCUGAUACCAAAACAGUCCGUUUGGGACCCUUGAAGAGGAAAGCUAUACUACACCAAGAAGGGCACAUGGACGAUGGACUUUCAUUAUCUCGGUCGCAACAAGAGGAAUCACAGGCCUCCCGAAUAAUCUUCAGUACAAAUGGUCUCUUCAACCAAUUCAUUAAAGGCCUAGAUAUGCUAAGUGGGAAGAAUAAAUCUUCAGCUCCAGUAACGCUACCAAUUGACACGAUAGUGCUAAGCCUUCAAGACUUAAUCAGCUACUUCCAACACCCAGAGGAGGAGCUUGCUCAUGAAGAAAAGCAAACUAAAUUGCGCUCGCUGAAAAACAGACAGAAUUUAUUCCAGGAAGAGGGCAUGAUCCAGCUGGUAUUGGAUUCCAUUGACCGACUGAACAUGUAUAACAGUGCAGCUCAUUUCUCAGAGUUUGCAGGAGAAGAAGCAGCUGAGUCCUGGAAAGAAAUUGUUAACCUCUAUUAUGAACUGCUGGCAUCCCUCAUCCGUGGCAAUCGCAGGAACUGUGCUCUGUUCUCUGAUAAUCUAGACUGGCUAGUCAGUAAGUUAGAUCGACUGGAGGCUUCCUCAGGUAUCCUGGAAGUGCUGUACUGUGUGUUGAUUGAAAGCCCUGAGGUUCUGAACAUCAUAACAGAAAAUCACAUCAAAUCAAUUAUCUCUCUGCUGGACAAACAUGGACGAAAUCACAAGGUGCUGGAUGUACUGCGCUCUCUGUGUGUCUGCAAUGGUGUGGCUGUACGAUCAAACCAAAAUCUUAUUACAGAAAAUUUACUUCCAGGUCGUGAUCUGCUGCUCCAAACAAACAUGAUUAACUACGUCACAAGCAUGAGGCCUAAUAUCUUUGUGGGUACAUGUGAAGGUUCUACACAAUACAAGAAAUGGUACUUUGAGUUGAUAGUGGAUUAUGUUGACCCAUUUCUAAUGCCACAGCCUGUUCACCUGCGAGUGGGUUGGGCUUUAACAGAUGGUUACAGCCCUUACCCAGGAGGAGGUGAGGGCUGGGGAAGUAAUGGAGUUGGAGAUGAUUUGUAUUCCUAUGGUUUUGAUGGACUUCAUCUGUGGUCAGGACAUAUUGUCAAGGCAGUUGCUUCACCUGAUGCACAUAUACUUACCGCUGAUGAUGUUGUUAGCUGCUGUCUUGAUUUGAGUGUCCCAAGUAUCUCUUUUCGGAUUAAUGGCCAUCCUGUGCAAGGCAUGUUUGAAAACUUUAACAUUGAUGGCCUCUUCUUCCCUGUGGUUAGCUUCUCUGCAGGAGUUAGGGUUCGAUUCUUACUGGGUGGUAGACAUGGAGAUUUCAAGUUCUUGCCUCCUCCUGGUUACUGUCCUUGCUAUGAAGCACUGCUGCCAAAGGAAAGAAUCCGAAUUGAACCCAUUAAGGAAUACAAGCAUGACUUUAAUGGUAUUCGAAACCUUCUAGGACCCACACAGUCACUAUCACAUACUGCAUUUGCUCCCUCUCCUGUGGAUACAGCCCAGAUUGUCCUCCCACCUCAUCUGGAGAGGAUACGAGAGAAAUUAGCUGAAAACAUCCAUGAGCUUUGGUCUUUGACAAAGAUUGAGUUGGGUUGGACAUAUGGAACAAUUCGAGAUGACAACAAAAAACUGCAUCCUUGUUUGGUGGAGUUUAACAAACUACCUGAGGCUGAGAGAAACUACAACUUACAAAUGUCAGGUGAAACUCUGAAAACACUAUUAGCCCUGGGUUGCCAUGUUGGAAUGGCUGAUGAAAAGGCAGAAGAGAAUCUGAAGAAAAUUAAACUGGCCAAAUCGUAUCUGAUGUCAAAUGGAUACAAGCCUGCUCCGCUUGACCUUUCCCAUGUCAAACUAACUCCUGCUCAAAAUACUCUGGUGGACAAAUUGGCUGAAAAUGGUCAUAACGUCUGGGCUAGGGACCGCAUCCGUCAAGGAUGGACAUACAGUAUUUUGCAGGAUAUUGGCAACAAAAGAAAUCCUCGCCUUGUACCAUACAACCUUCUGGACGAACGUACUAAGAAAACAAACAGAGACAGUUUGAAUGAGGCUGUCCGAACCCUAAUUGGUUAUGGCUACAAUAUUGAACCCCCAGAUCAAGAAGCUACUGCCCACAUCCCAGGUGUAACUCGGAAUGAAAAGGUUCGGCUCUUUCGUGCUGAGAAGUCAUAUGCAGUGAAGAGUGGCAAAUGGUACUUUGAGUUUGAAGCUGUGACCGUGGGAGAAAUGAGAGUAGGAUGGGCACGACCUGAGUGCAGGCCUGAUCUACCCUUAGGAGCUGAUGAUCUUGCUUUUGUUUUUAAUGGAUUUAAGGGUCAGCGCUGGCAUGUUGGGAGUGAACCGUUUGGCCGUACGUGGCAGUCGGGUGAUGUGGUUGGUUGUAUGAUUGACCUACAUGAAAUGAACAUCAUGUUCACACUUAAUGGAGAGAUGCUCAUCAGAGACUCUGGCUCUGAGUUGGCUUUCAAAGACAUUGAAAUAGGCGAUGGGUUCGUUCCUGUGUGCAGCCUGGGUCUUUCUCAAGUUGGACGUAUUAACCUGGGCCAAGACGUUAGUAGCCUGAGGUAUUUUACCAUAUGUGGUUUGCAAGAAGGCUUUGAACCCUUCGCUGUAAAUAUGAAACGGCCCAUCACAAUGUGGUUCAGCAAAAGUUUGCCUCAGUUUGUUCCAGUUCCCACUGACCACGGUCAUGUUGAGGUUACUAGAAUUGAUGGAACAGUUGACAGCCCUCCUUGCUUGAAAGUUUCUCAUAAAACAUUUGGAUCUCAAAACAGCAAUACUGACAUGCUGUUCUUGCGCCUCAGCCUGCCCGUUGAGUUCCAUGAUACAUUCAAGUGCACCCCUGGCACUACACCAUUGACCAGAAUGUCAAUUCCAGAAGAAGAAGUCGAAGAUAUUGAUGUGGAUUCAGAGUUUGAAGUUCUGAAAAAAUCAGCUAGUCGGACACAAACUGAAACACCAACCAAUGAAAAGGAUGCCCCUAAGGAAGCACCCAAGGAGGUGGCCAAGACUGAAAAUGACAAGGAUUCCUCUUCUGAGAAAAGUAAACCAAAAUCAAGGUUCCUAUUCAAAAAGAAACCUGCCUUUAUCGCUCCACCUCCGGUUGUACCGACUGUCCCUCGCCUGAUAGAGGAUGUUGUGCCUGAUGACAGGGAUGACCCUGAGAUUAUUUUGAACACAACAACGUAUUACUAUUCCGUGAGAAUAUUUGCUGGACAGGAACCAGGAGGAGUGUGGGUUGGUUGGGUAACCCCCGACUUUCAUCAACAUGAUGGCAAUUUUGAUCUAACUAAAGUUCGCACAGUAACUGUCUCAGUGGGAGAUGAUCAAGGCAAAGUCCAUGACAGUAUCAAGCGCAGCAAUUGUUACAUGGUUUGGGGAGGUGAAUUUAGCAAUUCCCAACAAGCGAGUCGCAGUAAUGUUGAUCUGGAGAUUGGCUGCCUUGUUGAUUUAGCUACUGGUCUCAUGACAUUCACUGCUAAUGGAAAAGACAUCAACACCUAUUACCAGGUUGAACCAAGUAAGAAGUUAUUCCCUGCAGUCUUUGUUCAGCCUUCCAGCCAGAAUAUGUUCCAAUUUGAACUUGGAAAGCUGAAGAAUAUUAUGCCUAUUUCAGCAGCUAUGUUUAAGAGCGAGCGAAAGAACGCCAUCCCUCAGUGUCCUCCCAGACUUGACAUCCAGAUGAUCACACCAGUAGUAUGGAGUCGGGUGCCUAAUGAUUUUUUGAAAGUGGAAACUGCACGGGUCAGUGAACGGCAUGGCUGGAUGGUAGAGUGCUUAGAACCGCUUGUCAUGAUGGCACUGCAUAUUCCAGAGGAGAACAGGUGUAUUGACAUCUUGGAGCUUUCUGAACGUAAAGACCUGUUGCAAUUCCACUACCAUACCUUACUACUAUACUGCGCAGUGUGUGCGUUGGGCAACAACCGGGUUGCCCAUGCCAUAUGUAGCCAUGUUGAUGAAUUUCAGUUACUUUACACGAUUGAGAACACCUAUAUACCAGGCCUCCUGCGAAGUGGCUAUUAUGAUCUACUUAUCAGUGUACAUCUAGAGUCAGCUAAACGAUCGCGACUAAUGAUGAAUAAUGAGUUUAUUGUCCCAAUGACUGAGGAAACUAAACAAAUUACAUUGUUCCCAGGAGAGAACAAAGUUUAUGGCCUGCCUGGUGUAGGAGUUACCACAUGCUUGAGACCACCUCUACAUUUUGCCUCUUUAUCCUUUGUUGGCACCAGUAAUGAUCGUUACCAGUUCAGUCCUGAGAUUCCACUGGACAUUCUCAAAAACAAAGCUAUUAACAUGCUGACAGAGGCUGUCCAAGAUGGUGGGCAGCACACAAGGGAUCCAGUGGGCGGAAGCGUGGAAUUUCAGUUUGUGCCAGUACUCAAACUUGUCAGCACUCUCCUCAUUAUGGGUAUCUUUGAUGAUGACGAUGUUAAACAUAUACUUAAGAUGAUUGAACCUAAUGUGUUUGCUGAGGUCAAGGAGGAAGUUGAAAAGAUUGAGGAUCAAAGUGCUAAGGAUGAAGAAGUACCAACUGCUGAGGAAGAAGGGGAAGCAGAAGAAGCUGGAGAAAAAGGAGAGAAAGAUGAACAUGAAGAGGUAGAAGAGCCCAAAGAGGACAGGUCUUUGGAAGAAGGCGAAGAAACAAAGGAGGAAGAACUAGAGGAGGGACUUUUGCAGAUGAAACUGCCUGAAUCUGUAAAAUUACAAAUGUGCAAACUUUUGCAAUUCUUCUGUGACUGUGAACUUCGACACCGGGUUGAAUCGAUUGCUUCGUUAGCUGAUAAAUUUGUCAAUAAAAUGCAAACGGAUCAGAAGGAACGCUACCGAGAACUCAUGUUAUCUUUUAACAUGUCCGCAGCCGAAACUGCCAGAAAAACCAGGGAAUUCCGUUCACCCCCUCAAGAGCAGAUUAACAUGCUAAUGAAUUUUAAAUUGGAGACAGAUGAAGAGGAAUGCCCUCUUUCAGAUAAGGUGAAAGAUGUGCUACUCGAAUUCCACAGCAAACUUCUUACUCAUUGUGGUAUUCAAGUAGAAGAAGAGGAGGAAGAGGAAGAAACGGAUACAUCGCUGAAAGGCCGCUUGCUAAAUCUUGUUGAGAAAGUCAAGAGUUUAAGAAAGAAGAAGGAGGUUGAGGAUACUCCAGCUGAAGAAGAAGAGAAGAUCCCCAGUACACUACAGGAGCUGAUCUCUCAUACAGUAGUGCAUUGGGCCCAAGAAGCCUACAUCCAGAACCCAGAACUUGUGCGUUUGAUGUUCAGCUUGCUCCACAGACAGUAUGAUGGUGUUGGUGAGCUUAUCCGUGCUAUGCCCAAGGCAUACAUCAUUAAUGCUACAUCUGUGGAGGACACAAUGAAUUUGCUAGAAUGCCUGGGCCAGAUCCGUUCACUGCUUAUUGUCCAAAUGGGUCCAGAGGAAGAGAGGCUCAUGAUUCAGAGCAUUGGAAACAUUAUGAACAAUAAAGUCUUCUAUCAACAUCCAAACUUAAUGCGUGCUUUGGGCAUGCAUGAAACUGUAAUGGAAGUAAUGGUGAAUGUGUUGGGAGGUGGUGAUUCAAAGGAGAUACGGUUUCCCAGGAUGGUUACAAAUUGCUGCCGUUUCCUGUGCUAUUUCUGUCGCAUCAGUCGCCAGAAUCAGAGAGCUAUGUUUGACCAUUUAAGCUACCUACUAGAUAAUAGUGGCAUUGGGCUCGGUAUGAGGGGAUCCACUCCUCUCGAUGUUGCAGCUGCUUCAUGCAUUGACAAUAAUGAACUUGCCUUGGCUUUGCGAGAACCUGAUCUGGAAAAGGUGGUGACAUACCUGGCAGGGUGUGGACUACAAAGCUGCCCUAUGCUUCUGGCAAAAGGAUAUCCAGACAUCGGAUGGAACCCUGUUGGAGGAGAGCGUUAUCUGGACUUUUUACGGUUUGCUGUAUUCGUUAAUGGAGAAAGUGUAGAAGAAAACGCCAAUGUAGUUGUGCGUUUAUUGAUCCGUCGCCCUGAAUGCUUUGGACCAGCCCUAAGGGGUGAAGGUGGGAGUGGCUUGCUAGGAGCCAUUGAGGAUGCCAUCAAGAUUUCUGAAGACCCUGCCCGUGAUGGACCAACAGUCAAGAAAGAUCGUAGACGGGAACUGUUUAGUGAAGAGGUCCAUGAAGAGAAUCGUGUCCAUCUGGGUAAUGCCAUCAUGUCUUUCUACUCUGCACUGAUUGACCUGUUGGGCCGAUGUGCUCCAGAGAUGCAUCUGAUCCAGGCUGGAAAAGGUGAAGCAUUGCGAAUCCGAGCAAUCCUGCGAUCCCUGGUUCCUAUUGAAGAUUUGGUUGGUGUUAUUAGUUUGCCUCUACAAAUACCUGCUUUUGGGAAAGAUGGUAACCUUGUUGAACCUAAAAUGUCAGCCAGCUUUGUUCCUGAUCAUAAGGCUCCCAUGGUGCUGUUCCUGGAUCGAGUCUAUGGGAUAGAAAAUCAGGAUUUUCUCCUUCAUGUACUGGAGGUUGGCUUCUUACCUGAUAUGAGAGCUGCUGCAUCCUUGGAUACUGUUGCUUUCAGUACCACUGAGAUGGCGCUCGCUUUGAAUCGCUACCUCUGUACUGCAGUCCUCCCUCUGAUAACUAAAUGUGCACCACUGUUUGCUGGAACGGAGCAUCGAGCCAUUAUGAUUGAUUCCAUGCUGCACACCAUUUACCGACUGUCCAGGGGCCGUUCCCUAACUAAGGCACAGAGGGAUGUGAUUGAAGCGUGCCUCAUGGCAUUGUGCAGCUAUCUCCGCCCGUCAAUGCUGCAACACUUACUCCGUCGACUGGUGUUUGAUGUUCCAAUAUUAAAUGAAUAUGCCAGGAUGCCAUUAAAGUUGCUAACAAAUCAUUACGACAGAUGUUGGAAGUACUACUGUCUUCCAUCCGGAUGGGCGAAUUAUGGUGUGACGUCUGAGGAAGAGCUCCAUCUAACUCGUAAACUGUUCUGGGGAAUCUUUGAGUCAGUUUCACAGAAGAAAUAUGAUGCUGAUUUAUUCAAGGCCGUGAUGCAGUGUCUGUGUGCAAUAGCUGGUGCACUGCCACCAGAUUAUGUUGAUGCCAGUUAUUCCUCCAAGGUCGAGAAAAAAGCUUCAGUGGAUGCAGAAGGCAACUUUGACCCUAAACCCGUUGACACAAUGAAUGUCAUAAUUCCUGAAAAGCUGGACCCUAUUAUCAACAAGUAUGCGGAGUACACACACGAUAAAUGGGCUUUUGAGAAGAUACAAAAUAACUGGACUUAUGGUGAAACUAUUGAUGAAGAAGCCCAGACUCAUCCAUGGUUAAGACCAUAUAAAACAUUCUCUGAAAAGGACAGGGAAAUUUAUAGAUGGCCAAUCAAAGAAUCUCUCAAAGCUAUGAUUGCCUGGGAAUGGACAAUUGAAAAAGCAGGCGAAGGAGUGGAAAAAAGUGAGAAAGGAGAGAAGAAAACCCGCAAAAUUUCCCAAUCCACCCAGGCUGUCUAUGAUCCUAGUCAUGGAUAUAAUCCACAACCCCCUGAGCUGCUGAACAUGACAUUGUCUCGUGAAUUGCAGUCGAUGGCAGAGCAACUUGCAGAAAAUUACCACAACACAUGGGGUCGUAAGAAGAAACUGGAGUUGCAAGCUAAAGGUGGUGGAACCCAUCCACUUUUGGUUCCAUAUGACACACUAACUGCUAAAGAGAAAGCUCGAGACAGGGAGAAAGCUUACGAAUUGCUCAAAUUUUUGCAAAUGCAUGGCUAUGCUGUAACAAGAGGUUUGAAGGACAUGGAACUGGACACAUCCUCAAUUGAGAAGAGAUUCGCCUAUGGUUUCCUGAAGAAAUUGCUGCAAUGGUUGGACAUAGCUCAAGAGUUUGUUGCACAUAUAGAGGCUGUUGUAAGCAGUGGAAGAGUUGAAAAAUCACCCCAUGAGCAGGAAAUCAAGUUUUUUGCAAAGAUUUUACUCCCUUUGAUAAAUCAGUACUUCAAGAAUCAUUGCUUAUACUUCCUUUCUACUCCAGCUCAACUCUUGGGCAGUGGAGGACAUUCCUCAAACAAAGAGAAGGAAAUGAUAGCCAGUAUCUUCUGCAAACUCGCAGCCUUGAUCAGGCAUAGAGUCUCCCUCUUUGGUACUGAUGCUCCUGCAGUUAUAAACUGUUUGCAUAUUUUGGGAAGAUCUUUAGAUGCCAGGACUGUAAUGAAAUCUGGUCCUGAAAUUGUGAAAGCAGGGCUGCGGUCAUUUUUUGAAGGAGCCUCCGAAGAUAUUGAGAAAACUGUGGAGAAUCUGAAGCUUGGCAAAGUCUCUCAGAGUCGAACACAAGUGAAAGGAGUUGCUCAGAAUGUCAAUUACACCACAGUGGCUCUUUUGCCUGUACUUACCUCGCUGUUUGAUCACUUGGCACAGCAUCAGUUUGGAGAUGAUAUCAUAUUGGACGACGUUCAAGUCUCUUGCUACCGAAUCUUGUCUAGUAUUUAUUCUCUUGGAACCACAAAGAACACAUAUGUGGAAAGACAACGUCCCUCUCUGGGCGAAUGCCUUGCCCGACUUGCAGCUGCUAUGCCAGUGGCCUUCCUUGAGCAUGAUCUAAAUGAUCAUAAUGUAUGCUCAGUUUACAACACUAAGACAGCACGGGAGAGAGCCAUUUUGGGUUUGCCAAGCACUGUUCAUGAAAUGUGCUCCGAUAUUCCUGACUUGGACUACCUCAUGAAAGAAAUUAAUGAUCUCGCAGAAUCUGGUGCUCGUUACACUGAGAUGCCACAUGUUAUUGAAAUUACGCUUCCUAUGCUGUGUAACUACCUGCCACGGUGGUGGGAACAUGGAUUUGAGAAUAUUACCGAUGAAAACACAGUAUGCUGCACUAGUGUGACCUCUGAGCACCUUAAUGCCCUUUUGGGAAAUAUUCUGAAAAUCAUAGUUAACAACUUGGGCAUUGAUGAAGCAUCCUGGAUGAAAAGACUUGCAGUCUUUGCACAACCAAUUAUCAGCAAAGCCAAACCAGAGUUGCUGAAAUCCCAUUUUAUCCCAACAAUGGAAAAGUUAAAGAAGAGAUCAUCGAAGGUGGUAGCAGAAGAGGAUCAACUGCGUAUGGAGGGCAAGGGUGACAUUGUGGAGAGCGAAUUACUAAUUCGAGAUGAAUUUUCUGUCCUCUGUCGAGAUUUAUAUGCAUUGUAUCCUCUGCUGAUUCGCUAUGUGGACAAUAAUAGGGCACAAUGGUUAACAGAACCAAACCCUGAUGCUGAAGAGCUCUUCAGAAUGGUGGGAGAUAUCUUCAUAUUGUGGUCAAAGUCGCAUAAUUUCAAACGAGAAGAGCAGAACUUUGUGGUGCAAAAUGAAAUCAACAACAUGUCAUUUCUCACUGCAGACAGCAAAAGCAAGAUGUCUAAGGCUGGAGAGGAUGGACAGUCUGGAGGGUCAGACCAGGAAAGAACAAAGAAGCAGAAAAGAGGGGAUCGUUACUCCGUUCAGACAUCAUUGAUUGUAGCAACCCUUAAAAAAAUGCUUCCUAUUGGCUUGAACAUGUGUUCACCUGCUGAUCAAGAGUUGAUUAACAUAGCCAAAACAAGAUAUGCCCUGAAAGAUACAGAUGAAGAAGUAAGAGAGUUUCUUCAGGGCAACCUCCACUUGCAAGGAAAGUGUGAAAAUUCUUCAGCUAUGCGAUGGCAGAUGGCAUUGUACAAGGACAUGGCUGGCAAGGCUGAAGACAGCAAUGACCCUGACAAGAUUGUGAAAAGAGUACAAGAAGUCUCUGCUGUCCUGUUUCACUUGGAGCAGAUAGAACAUCCUUUCAAGUCCAAGAAGAUGGUUUGGUACAAGCUCUUGUCCAAGCAGCGCAGAAGAGCUGUGGUAGCAUGUUUCAGAAUGACUCCACUGUAUAACUUACCAAGGCACCGCGCAUCUAACCUCUUCAUCGAAAGUUAUAGAAAUACCUGGAUUGACACCGAGGAGCAUUCGUUUGAAGAUAAACUAAUAGAUGAUCUGGCUAAAUCAGCUGAAGAGGAAGAGGAGGAGGAAGAAACAGAAGAGACAAAACCUGAUCCACUCCAUCAGUUGAUUUUACACUUUAGCCGUACUGCUCUGACUGAGAAAAGCAAACUAGAAAUGGACCAUCUCUACAUGUCAUAUGCUGAUAUCAUGGCAAAGAGUUGUCAUAUUAAAGAGGAAGGUGGUGAGGAAGAAGAUGAAGAAGCUGUAGAACUAACCUUUGAAGAAAAGGAGAUGGAGAAACAAAGACUCCUGUACCAGCAAUCCAGAUUGCACAGCCGGGGAGCUGCUGAGAUGGUUCUGCAAAUGAUCAGUGCAUGCAAAGGUGAGCCAGGUGUAAUGGUUUCCUCAACCCUGAAACUUGGUAUUUCCGUUCUGAAUGGUGGUAACUGUGAGGUUCAGCAGAAAAUGCUAGACUACCUGAAAGAGAAAAAGGACAUUGGUUUCUUCCAAAGUGUACAAGUUCUCAUGCAAACCUGCAGCGUGCUUGACCUCAAUGCUUUUGAAAGACAGAAUAAGGCUGAAGGUCUAGGCAUGGUCACAGAAGAUGGAACCAUCAUCAAACGUGAAAGUGAAGGCAAACAAAACGGUUCUGGUGAGAAGGUGAUGUCAGACGAUGAAUUUACACAAGAUCUUUUCAGGUUCCUACAGUUGCUCUGUGAAGGACACAACAAUGAUUUCCAGAAUUACCUUCGAACUCAGACAGGUAAUACUACCACUAUCAACAUCAUAAUCUGCACUGUCGACUACCUGCUUCGUCUACAGGAAUCCAUCAGUGAUUUCUAUUGGUACUACUCUGGGAAGGAUGUUGUUGAUGAACCCGGAAAAAGGAACUUCUCCAAGGCCAUGGCAGUAGCUAAACAAGUGUUUAACAGCCUUACUGAAUAUAUUCAGGGUCCAUGCACAGGUAACCAGCAGAGCCUGGCUCAUAGUAGAUUGUGGGAUGCAGUUGUUGGUUUUCUUCAUAUCUUUGCACACAUGAUGAUGAAACUCGCACAGAUGCCUGAUAAUCGAGGAUCCAGAAAUAGCGAACAUUUUUGGAUUAAAACACGGCAUGAGGAUUCUAGCCAGAUUGAAUUAUUGAAGGAGCUCCUGGACUUACAGAAAGACAUGGUAGUGAUGCUGCUUUCAUUACUGGAAGGAAAUGUUGUGAAUGGCACUAUUGCUAAACAAAUGGUGGAUAUGUUGGUGGAGUCCUCUAGUAAUGUUGAAAUGAUCCUCAAGUUUUUUGACAUGUUCCUGAAACUGAAGGACAUUGUGGCAUCUGAUGCAUUCAAAGAUUAUGUGACUGAUCCCAGAGGGCUUAUCUCAAAGAAGGAUUUCCAUAAGGCCAUGGAUAGCCAGAAACAAUACACACCUUCUGAGAUCCAGUUCUUACUGUCAUGCUCAGAAGCAGAUGAGAAUGAGAUGAUAAACUAUGAAGAAUUUGCAAACCGAUUCCAAGAACCAGCCAAAGAUAUUGGUUUUAACAUAGCUGUGUUACUGACAAACCUAUCUGAACAUGUGCCUCAUGAUACAAGGCUGCAAAACUUCUUGGAACUGGCAGAAAGCAUCCUCACCUAUUUCCAGCCAUUCUUAGGCCGAAUUGAGAUCAUGGGUGCCAGUAAGAGAAUAGAGCGUAUUUACUUUGAGAUUAGUGAGGCCAAUAAAACUCAGUGGGAGAUGCCUCAAGUCAAAGAAUCUAAACGACAGUUUAUAUUUGAUGUCGUGAACGAAGGUGGGGAAUCUGAAAAGAUGGAACUCUUUGUCAACUUCUGUGAGGAUACCAUCUUUGAAAUGCAAAUUGCUUCAAAGAUCUCUGAAACAGAUGAGGGGGAAAAGUCAGAAGAUGAAGAAGAGGAGGGGGAGAAUGUUGAGGUGAUAGAGGCUGAAAAAAUCACUUCUCCGGCUGAAACACCAUCUGCCUUUGCAGCAUUCCUUAGCAGUGUUGUUGACUUUUUUAAAAUAUUCACCUUCAAGAAUAUCAGAAAAAAAUACCGCAAAAUAAAGAAGAUGACAAUUAAAGAGAUGGUGAUGGCCCUGGUGACCUUCUUUUGGACUUUGUUCAUUGGCAUUUUACAAUUUAUCUAUAGCAUCUGCAGUGGUUUCUUUAUGAUAGUAUGGAAUACUUUGUUUGGAGGUGGUUUAGUUGAAGGGGCCAAACAUCUGACAGUCACUGAACUCCUGGCUAGUAUGCCUGAUCCUACUCAGGAUGAAGUUCAUGCUGACCUUCCUGACAUCAGUAAGACAGAAGUUGAGGAAAUGACUGUGCAGUUAGAGUUUGAAGACCAAGCUAAAGAAGAGGAAACAUCUGAGAAGCCUGAUACAAAGAGAGAAAGUGGCCAGUUAAGGAUGAGUUCACCAGAAUCCAACCUGGGACUUGGUGACAUUGUGGAGUCCACACCUGUCGAACCUCCAACCCCCGAGGGAACGCCACCAAGUUUCAGAAAAGUAAGGCAACAGAUUGAAUCUCAGCUAGAAACCAAGGUAGAAGAUCAACUCAAGGCUGAAGCUGAGAAAGCGGACUCUGAGAAUGGUGAAAAGGCUGAGAAGGAUAUGAAAGAGAAAGAAGUGCUCGAACAAGCAGAGGGAGCAGGGGAAAAGGCAGAAGCAGAAGCAGAGAAGGAAACAGGAGAAGGACAAAAGUCAAAAGGAGAAAAAGACGAGGGAGAAGAAAAAGAAGAAUUUGCUGCACCAGCAAGAAAGAUGAGGAAGAAAGCUAAGCAGGAGAGCAAAAAGGAGGAACCAGAGGCAGUAAUGGAGUUCUGGAAUGAGUUUGAGAACUACAAGACUAAGCUCCUGAAUUACUUGUCAAGGAAUUUCUACAAUCUCCGCUUCCUGGCUUUGUUUGUGGCAUUUGCAAUCAACUUCAUCCUCCUCUUCUACAAGGUGACACAACUAGAAGAUGAAGAAGACUUGGAGGGACCGGGCUUUGAGGAUGAUAUGGUUAGCGUUGGUUUUGGAAAUGGAAAUGGUGAUGAAGAGGAAGAAGAGGAUGAUGAAGAUUCAUUGGUUUACUUUGUCCUUGAGGAAAGCACAGGUUAUAUGGCGCCGACACUGAAAGCCCUGUCCAUUCUUCACACACUCCUGUCUUUUCUCUGCAUUAUCGGGUAUAACUAUUUGAAGGUUCCUUUGGUCAUCUUUAAACGGGAGAAGGAGCUUGCCAGGAAAUUGGAAUUUGAUGGUUCGUACAUUACAGAACAGCCUGCAGACGAUGAUAUUAAAGGGCAAUGGGAUCGGCUAGUACUGAAUACACCGUCAUUCCCAAAUAACUAUUGGGACAAGUUUGUCAAAAGAAAGGUACUAGAUAAAUAUGGUGAUAUCUAUGGCAGAGAGCGUAUUGCAGAGCUACUUGGAAUGGAUAUGAGUGCGUUGGAUGUGACUGUGCCUCAGGAGAAAAAACCAGCAACUGACAACUCUGUGCUUUCAUGGAUCACAUCCUUAGACAUCAAAUACCAAAUAUGGAAGUUUGGGGUGAUUUUCACUGAUAACUCUUUCCUAUAUCUCUGCUGGUACAUGGUAAUGUCUGCCCUUGGACAUUACAACACCUUCUUCUUUGCUGCUCACCUUCUGGACAUUGCAAUGGGUGUCAAGACCCUUCGCACCAUUCUAUCUUCUGUAACUCACAAUGGAAAGCAGCUGAUGAUGACUGUGGGCCUGCUAGCUGUUGUUGUGUAUCUCUACACAGUAGUGGCUUUCAACUUCUUCCGCAAAUUUUAUAACAAGAGUGAGGAUGAAGAUGAUCCAGAUAUGAAGUGUGAUGACAUGAUGACGUGUUACCUCUUCCACAUGUACGUCGGUGUACGAGCUGGUGGCGGUAUUGGUGAUGAGAUUGAAGACCCAGCAGGGGAUGAGUAUGAACUCUACCGCGUUGUCUUUGACAUUACCUUCUUCUUCUUUGUCAUUGUUAUCCUCCUGGCUAUCAUCCAAGGUUUGAUUAUUGACGCUUUUGGUGAGCUGAGAGAUCAGCAGGAGCAAGUGAAAGAGGACAUGGAGACCAAAUGCUUCAUUUGUGGAAUUGGCAGCGACUACUUUGACACAACGCCACACGGGUUUGAAACACACACUUUGGAGGAGCACAAUUUAGCAAAUUAUAUGUUCUUCCUAAUGUACCUGAUUAACAAAGAUGAAACCGAGCACACAGGUCAGGAAUCCUAUGUUUGGAAAAUGUACCAGGAACGAUGCUGGGAUUUCUUUCCCGCUGGUGACUGUUUCCGGAAGCAAUAUGAAGAUCAACUGGGAUAAAGGCGUCUGUAGAACUAACACAAUGACUGUCAGAAUAUUGCACUUGUAAUGACCUUUGAAUUUUACCUGGUUCCUUGCUAGAGUUUGUGAAUGGUGUGUCACUGCUUUUUGCUGUGAGACAAAUGUUUGUAAAAAAAAAAGGAUAAAUACCUAAAGUGGAUUUUAUUACACACAGUUUUUUUUUUAAACAAAGUACCUGGACCGGUCUUGAUUGCAUAUGAAAACUGGACAUUGCUGCUUUGCACACUCGAACCAGUUAAUGAGCCUUGAUAUAGAUUUGUACUUUAGUAUAUGGUGAAAAGCCUGGAUAAAUAUUUUGUCUAACAUUUUUGUGAAUGCGGGAGAAAAGGUUGAAAAUAAGUGCCUUAGUCCUAUCCUGUAAUAAGUUAUAUUGAACGAAGGCCUUUUUAUCUUUUCUGUUCUGCUAGUAAGGGGCUGACCCAUUUCUGCAAAUUUAAGUAGCCUAGUCAGAGCCAUAAAAGCUGCAUCCCAACUUCCAACACUUCAGUUCUGACCACUGCAAUGGCUGUUAAAUUUCAAAGUUGUUUUAUGCUUGCAAUAUUAUUAAUCAUAAUGAUUUUUGGUGGAGUUCCCAAAAACUAAUUACUAUCAUCAAAAGACAUGCUAACUAGGACAGGAAAUAUUUUCUGAAAAGUAGUAGGAAUAAUAAGAUAUCUUAAACUCCUCUACCUAAAAGUUCCUGUCUGGACAUGUUUUCCAUCACAUCCUAAGCGCUUGUUUAUAACAGUUUGCAAAAACAGUCACAAAUACCAAACUAAUAGUAAAAGUUCACCCUCAUGAAGGCUGGAAUAUAUUUUUUAAUAUGUUUUAAAAAUGUAUGCUCCAAGUUUAAGUAUUACAUUGGAUUCCUGGGGGGAAAAAAGGUUGAAAUAAUUAUUAUAACCAAGUUAUCCUGUGAAGGUAUCUUUAAUCAAGGAUUUAUUUAAUUUGCUAUUUGUGUUUGCUCAUCUUUUCUCAGUUUAUGUUCUGCUAAAUGUUAAUUAUUGUGACAGUUUCAUCUUGUGUAUGAGAAGGGUGUAAGAGUUCUUGAGCAGCCUGCUAACAAGUAAUCAUACCAUGCAUUCUGAAUCUGGGAUAGGUGCAGUUAGUACUUUCUUGGUACACCUUUCAAAAGCAGCUGCAAAGGUUCCUUUUUCCUGAUUGCUUCAGAACGAAUGAUAACUAUAACACUUAAAAACCCAGCUCUGCUUUCCAAUUUUCAUUCAAACUGACUUUUCUCCAAGGAUCAGAAUGCAGACUUUUUACCCCAAGUGAUGCAUUUACUUUGAAUUAAACAUUUGUGAAUUCCUUGACUGUUCCUCUCUAAAGAUUAAAGCUGUUCAGGAACAGCACAUGAGGACAUUCCUCAAACAACCUAUUCAAGUAAACCCAAUUUAAAGUUUAUUUUUGUUAAAAAGAAAAGCAUUUAUAUGCUGAAAAUGAUGAAUUAUAGAAAAGCUCAAAUGCAAACAGACUGAUAUUUGUGAAGUGCAUUAAUAAGGCUAAACUAUUCAUCUGUGGCCUUUCCUGUACAUUAUUUUCAUGUUUCUCCAACAUAACCUGAAGGACUGAACAUGGAUAAUGUAGGUUGAAUUAAUGUGAAUGCACCUACUUUGGCAAAUAAAAUACAACUUGCUUAAAUGUCUCCACUCAUCAUUCAUUAAAACCUUAGCCCUGAAGAAACCAACUCAGUUCCCAUUGGACAUGUGCAAAUAAAUCUAAGAUAACAAGGUGUGGAGCUGGAUGAAUGCAG